GAGCUUAAACCGGAUUCGUUAGGCCCGAAUCCAAUUGUGUUCCCGAAUCCGAGCUUUGCCGGCAGGAAACUCCUGCCUAUCUAUUUAUGCAUAACGGCAACGCGAAACGAGACGAGGGCUAGGGUUUAUAUUUUUGAAGCCGCUCGCUGCUAAGCCUCUCUCCUUCUCCAAGCUCAGAAGACCCUUGGCGCCGCAGCACAACUCCGUUCAACAGCCAUGGGGAAGACACGUGGUAUGGGAGCUGCUCGCAAGUUGAAGACCCACCGCAGGAGGCAAAGGUGGGCUGACAAGGCUUACAAGAAGUCUAACUUGGGUAAUGAGUGGAAGAAGCCUUUCGCUGGUUCUUCCCAUGCCAAGGGCAUUGUCCUGGAAAAGAUGUACGAUACCUUUGAUGUUGCUAUAUUCGUGUUUUUUUGUGGCACUAUCAUGUUCCCACUUUAUGUGACCGUUUGUCUCAACUUAUGCAGUGGCAUUGAAGCCAAACAGCCAAAUUCUGCUAUCCGUAAGUGUGCCAGAGUGCAGCUCAUUAAGAAUGGAAAGAAGAUUGCUGCCUUUGUUCCUAAUGAUGGUUGCUUGAACUACAUUGAGGAGAAUGAUGAAGUACUCAUCGCUGGAUUCGGGCGUAAGGGUCAUGCCGUGGGAGAUAUUCCUGGAGUCCGUUUCAAGGUUGUGAAGGUCUCUGGUGUUUCCCUUUUGGCUCUCUUCAAGGAGAAGAAGGAGAAACCGAGGUCUUAAAUUAUUAAUGGAGAGAUGUAGCUGUUUACUAAAGUUUUGGUUUUAGUGUUUCAGAUAC